CCAUCGCCCCGACACCAUCGUCCCGACAUCAUCGCCCCGACAUCAUCGCCUCGACGCCGGCGCUUGACGUUGUCUCCCCCCCCCCGGCGAAUCGAGUCCGCACAGAUAUCCGUUGAUGCCCACAGUGGCUCUCUUGGCAUCCGCACCCCUGCGAUGAGCAGCUCAUCGUCAUCCUUGCCCAGCGCCUUGCUUUCGCCGUCCGAGCGUUCCGCCCAUAUCCUCGACCCAACCAGCAAUAGUUCCGACAGUGAUGAAGUCUUGUGUCUAUCCCAAAAGAACUUGACCGCUGUUCCCGCGUACGUGAUGCGUAUGGUCCAUCUGAAGCGGCUCAAGCUCGACCACAACAUUCUGACGUCGCUGCCGGCCGAUUUCGUCGGGUUGGUCCAUCUGCGUUAUCUGAACCUGCGAUCUAACGGGUUUACCAUCUUCCCUUUGACGAUUUUUGAGCUGCCGAGCCUCGAGGCUCUAGAUCUCAGCAAGAACAAAAUCGAAGAUAUCCCUGAUCGCCCCGAUUGUUUGAAGAAGUUACGGAUCCUCAGUCUCAGCGACAAUGUACUAAGGAAGCUUCCCCGUUUCUUUGGAGGACUGGAUCGCUUGGAGCGUCUGAUGAUCGCACACAAUCCAGUUGUCUGGCCGCCGCCCGAAGUAUUGGAGGGCUCAAGCGACGACGCUGCGUGGCUAAACAGGGUCAAGCAGUUCCUGAACUCCUCGAAAGACAAUGCCGGCCAGGGCUCUGCGGCCUCCCACCCAGCACAUACUUCGGUACCAGCAGUCGUACGAGCCCCAGAGAGCCCACGGACCUUCAACCGCGACUCGAUCAACGUCCCUCCCUCGCCGAGCAUAUCCGCACCCCGAGGAGGUGGAGGGCCCUUGUCCAUGGUGCGGGUUUCGUCAGCCGGGUCGAGUAGCAUUCACUCUGUCAGUGUCCCCAUGACCAAGACCCCAUCAUCCGGAGCCCUUUCACAGACAUCGGUCCGACAUGGGCGAAAGCCGAGCGAAUCGAUCAGCGGUGCUCGCGAGUGCGAUGCACUUUGCGACAUUUACUUCCGAACCUCUUCCGAAACACCGAUCGAUGCCCAUGGGCUGGGCUCUGAAUGGGAUAUUGGACUUUUAGAAAUAUCCCGGACGAUGGCAUUCGCCUCCGCCCAGCUGUACAGAACCAUACGCAACCUUGUCGUUGGGACUGUCGAUCGCGAGGCAUCCAUCAAAGACUUUGAAAAAGAGCUCAAAGAUAUGAAUCGGAGAACGGUUCGACUUCUCUCCCUCCUGACGAGUAUCACCACCCCUCCUGCCGACGACACCCAAAGGAUCUCGACUCGGGACGUGUGGCGAACUCUUAUGAUCCGUGUCAAGGAGUUUACCCUGGAGGCUGCGCUGGGCUCCAAGCGCUUGGUCCUGGCUGUCCAGGAUGCUCUUCCCACUCUUCUCUCCUCCGUCGACGGAAGGUUGGCUCGGGCUUUCAUGCUUUCGUGGCAAGGAGUCAUUACCGAAGUGAUCGACGCCGUGGAGUCGACUGCUCGGCUGAGAGUCAUAGCUCACGAUGCCGGGCCGUCACCUCUGGCGGCCGCAGCAACCAUAUCCUCGACAAUCAGCGACUCGACCUUGACAACCGAACGAGGCCCGAGAUCCAGUCAGCUCCGUACGUCGCUCCAACGGACGUUCCCCACCGAGCUGUCGCUCGCAGAGGCCUCGACGCUGCCAUCGGGCUGCGACGAAGAGCUGUUUGCCUUCACCGAGAUCUCGAUCAACGCCGUCAUCAACGCACUCGACCUCCUUCGGGGAUUGCCGGUGCAGCUCAAAGAGUCUUUGGAGCCGCAACGCGUCUCGGAUGAGCCCGAUUCAAAGCUGCUAUUGGCAUCUACCGAGAGUCCUCAGGUUGCUGGCCCUCCUGGGGGCUUUGUUCAGUCGUCUGUGCAGGCCCUGCAGCUUUCAUCGCUGAUGCAGCAGCUGGAUACGGCAAACCACAGGCUUAGUUCGGCGUAUGAAGCCCUGGCCAAGACGCCCUCGAGCGUUUCCUGCCAGGAGUUGUUUUUCGAGGAGGCUUUUGCUUUUCUUAAGGUGAGAGGUGUUUGCACAAAGAGGGAGACAUCACCCACCCAACUCAAAGUUGCCCCGCGCUUCAAUGCGAGCCGGCGAUCCCGUCAUCGUGGGCCUCAGCUCGCUGGCACGCGAUAUAUCACAGUGGUUCUCACUCAGCCGCCAGCUCACGGCAGUCUUGCAGCAUCUCAGUCACUCAACCAAGGCGCUGGCCGUUCUUCUCCAAAACUACCGCCACAAUCGACUUGGCGGUGCCACCAAAUAGACAAAGCACUAGAGCCGUAUCGCGAGUUCAGCUUGAUUGGGAUAUGAUAUUGGGAGCAGCUGUGGGGCCAUCGCCGUGGGGCCAUCGUCGGGGGGCUUCAGCCGAGACUCGCUGCGAGAGUAUUUUACGAAUGUGCCCUGGUGAAUCGUGCAGGAUAAGCGAUGGCGCUUCCGUGGUUGAGAAUGCUCAACGAAGGAGUAUUCCACCGCCGCAACAGACGCACAUUCCCCUGUGCCCACACACCAGCUGUGCGGUUUGUGGA